UUCAACAAAUUCUCCAUUAUAUAUACUGUUUGACACCUAAAAAUAAUAAAGACAAAAAGUAGGACACUCACAUGCACAUGUUACAGUUAUCAUUCAAUUUACAUCCAUCCAACAGCCAACAGUUUACAGUUAUCAUUCAAAUUAAAUAACAACAGCGUGAACUAUCAUCGCAAUAAUAAUAAUCAUCAUAACCAGUAUUACUAUUUUUAAAAUAAAUAAAAUAUUCCAAGCUCAGCAAUAAUUGUCAUUGUUUUGUGUGACAAGUCAAGUGAUAAAAACAAGUUUAUCUCCGUCUAUUAUUUUUCUAGCUCCUCUAAAAAAUUACCACAUCAGCAACAUGUUUGUCAAACGUCGAGUUAUUUGAAUUGUAUAAAAAAUACCAGAACAAUGCGCAUACACUGUACAUAUUUACAUAUAUUUAUAAAACAAUAAUUCAAAACAAUUGUUAAUAAUAACAUUGAUGAUUUGUUUGCCUUCAAAUGGAAUUAUGUUUUAUCAUUUAAAUUGCCGCUCUACAUAAAGCAUGUUCCUUUGUUAUCAAGCUGAUAAGUUAUAACUAAUUGUAGAAAAAAAACUCGUCGGAAUAAAUUCAAAGUUUUAUCGCAAUGGCCAAGACAUUACCGAAGGACAUCAUCAACUGGACGAACGAGGAUGUUAUCAAAUGGCUCGAGGAAUCUGGACACGGUUCCUGCGCGUUUUAUUUCAAGGCUCAUGAUAUUGAUGGCAAGUCCUUGCUCACCAUCCGAGAGGACGAUCUGAAAGCCCAGGGAAUGAAGAUCGAGAAGCUGGGUGACGUCAAACGAGUUUAUAUCAGUAUUAAAAAACUACAGAAAGAAAAUAUGGGAGUAUUAUUUGAACUGGGACAGCUGGAGUUCACUUCGUCUAAUUUUUAUUCGCAUAAUAGACAGGAGUUACAGAGUUUUAUUUCCAAUAAUGAAAGUUCAGUGGACCAAGAAUUUUAUUCCGCAUCAGUGUCCGAUGACGGACAUGCAUCACAUCUACCUCCGGAAAUAUGGAAAGCAUUUAUAAGUCUUGGAUAUUUAUUUAUCGUCACCUGGAUCACAGCCUUCGUGAUGGUGAUCGUCCAUGACAGAGUACCGGACAUGAAAAAGUACCCGCCAUUGCCUGAUAUUUUCUUAGAUAAUGUACCACACAUACCCUGGGCGUUUGAUAUGUGUGAAGUUACUGGUACAUUAUUAUUUGCCAUUUGGCUUGUAGUUCUUAUAUUUCAUAAAUAUCGGUUCAUUUUGCUGAGGAGAUUCUUCGCGUUAUCUGGCACCGUCUUCUUGCUGAGGUGUGUGACGAUGCUGAUCACCUCUCUGAGUGUACCCGGUGCGCACUUGCAGUGUCAACCGAGACCGACUCCCGACGAUCCCUGGGCGAAAACUGCCUACGGGGAAUUGUAUAAUAAAAUUUCCAUGGCUUAUGUCAUUUGGCGGGGUGCUGGGAUGUCCAUACAGGGAGUGAGAACUUGCGGGGAUUAUAUGUUCAGUGGACACACUGUUGCGCUGACGAUGCUAAACUUUUUUAUUACUGAGUACACACCAAGAAAAUUUUAUUUUCUCCAUACAUUCACGUGGAUGCUGAACAUGUUUGGAAUAUUUUUCAUCCUGGCAGCACAUGAGCACUACUCAAUAGACGUAUUCGUAGCUUUCUACAUCACGUCCCGAUUAUUCCUUUACUAUCAUACGCUGGCCAACAACCAGGCGCUCAUGCAAAGGGACUCGAUAAGAACGCGAGUUUGGUUCCCGCUCUUCAGCUUCUUCGAGUCCUCAGUCGACGGGAUAGUCCCCAAUGAGUACGAGUCACCCUCGGAAAUAGUUUGCAAUCUCGUGUGCACUUUUCACGACAUCGCGAACAACUUAAGACGUAAAAUAAGUAUUUUAAAAUUACAAAGCUCUGUCAGUGAUAGCACAAAAAAAAGUCUUUGAUAUUUAACAGUUAUUUAUAUUAUUUUUUAAAAAUAGGUAAUUGUUAAUGAUCUCUAGAUAAAAUUGUAAUUAAUCUUUGCUAUUUUUAUAAAUAAUUAUUAAAUAAAAAUAUAUAUUAAUAUUAAUAUAAA